AUGACAGACAUACGACUAAAAAAAUACAUAAGAUAUUUUAAUACUUUUUGCCCAUUUAAUGCUUAUGUUAAACACCAGGGCGCGCCACUUCAGACAGAUGUGGUGCCUCUACAGUUAGCGCUUGGUCCCAAUUUUGAGGUUGCAAAAUUUGUUUUUAUUCUACGAGGAAAAAAAUUUUGUUCUUAUAAUAGUCUUAUGAACGUCGACUUGGCGCUAUUUUUUACACUCUCCGAUGAAGAAACGAUUCAAUCAGUUAAACGCCCCUGUCGCCCUCUCGGGUCUAAAAAUAGGCCAAGAGUCAGCAGCGCUCCAGAAGUAAGAGAGACGAUUGCCUCUCGUCUCAGAAGAAGCGAAUUAGGUAAAACGCGAGCCCCACCAAAAAUAAAUUAUCGAGAAACUGGCAGACUCGAGAUAAAUUCAGAAGAUCCCGGGACACAAGAAACUGCAAAUGAAGAACAGGGGGACGACGAAGUUUUCCUACCAGUCUCCAUCCCAGGACCAUCCACGAUUAAUCCAACCCCGGAUAUAGGCCAAGAGGGGGACGAUGAAGCAGAGAAAGAUGAUGAAACCGAAAAAGAAAAAGAAGCGACCGUCCUACCGAAACAACGACGUAAAACACAAGAACUAGUAAAAAUGUUCGAUGAACUACUUCAAAGGUGGCCUCCAUCGGAAAAUACCUACCGAGAGAGAGCUCUAGAAAAAAUCCGUCGAGAAGAAGCAAUAUUCAACUAUACUCCUGAAGAGUUAGUCCAGAUGAAACGUACUAGUUCCGAGACCGCAAAAACAAUUCGCGAGUCCUUAUACAAACACCCAACUCUCUGGCGAAGCGAAGAAGACUCGUUAAAUGAUAAUACAACACCCGAAAUUAAUGUCGACGAAUUUCUGAGAGAUAACAGCGACCAGUCCGAAGGAGGAUCAAGCAGCAAUAUCAGCCCAGAUAAAACCGAAGGAAUCGAAGAUUACAGCGAAACAGAGCCUCCUAUCAUCAUAGAAGCAGAGCCUUCGACUUCAGUCAACAACGUAAAUACGAGAAAUAAAAAUAAUCUAACCCCUCAAAACGCGGAUCGAUCACGGUUCACAGGAUAUUUAGGAGACGGUCCAGAAACCCGACCUCCAAUAUUCGGAAGAGUUCUCAUUCCUGAUGAACUAGCAGCCAUGGAUAUACGUUACGAGCACGCGAGCGGCCAAAUCGUAGACGAAAACGGUAAAAGAAUAAAUGAAACGGCCGAGACCGAAUCGACCGACCCCAAUAACAUCCUUAUCGAUUCGGAACGGGAACGAUUGAACGAAAAAUCGCCAAAUAUAACUAAAUUAAUAAAUUCACAAAAUAAUAAUCAUAAAAAUAAAUCGCGCAAUAGUUCAGAAAAAUCUAGCGAUCCAGAUAAAUCCAACGAUAGGCCGACUACAAACGGGAAUAUUACAGUGGGGGAUGAUGUAGGGAACCACCGAUUCGGUCCACCCUUCGUCGCGUACGAUCCUCCAACAUUCGAAGAGGCGGAGGAUCUUUUCGCCGAAAGACAUCAUCGGCCAAAGAUAUCUUCACCCUCGAGUUCCGAUGAAAAUAUACCGCCGAAAGGUCCCGAAAUCAAAAUUAAAUUCUCAAUCAGCCGAGACGGGCUGAUCGUAUGCCCGAGAUCAUUUACCGAUUGCGAAAUAAUAAAACGCGUAGCAAAGUUACUCCGAGACUUAAAAUUUAUAAAUGCCGAUGAUCUUCACGCCUCGAAACCUUCUAAGGGAGAUGUAUUCGUCACCAAGUUAGGUCGUUGUAAAAUUUUUACGGUAUUUAUCAAAACGAAACAUUUUGAAAAAUUAGAUCCAAUCGACUUAAUCGAAGGAUUGAAAAAUCUUCGACAAUCAAUGCACAAACAUCAUAUUCAUUCGCUUCGCCUACUGUAUGAUCCGUUUAAGAAAAUACAUCUAAUACGAGAAGAAUCGCAAAUAGAUAGCUCCAUCAACAUCGAGAAGCUGGUAAAUCUGUACCCAUACUCAAAUCAAAGUAUAUGGGAAGCUUACGGAAUAUGCGCAACAAAAUUCAACUAUUCCAUCUGCUCGUCAUACCUGAGAAUUAAUAGUCAUCGAGAAAUACAAGCUGAAAUCGAACAAGCAAAACAUCGGCUAAGACUACAUCUUGAAGAUCCAGAACUUGAAAAAGUCGACAAAACCAACCGCAAAAGGCGAGCUCCAUGGUUUGGCUUCGUAGGAACAAUCGCACGAGAAUUAUUUGGGACCAUGGAUUAUAGUGAUAAAGAACAUAUCACGAAGGAAAUAGACAAAUUAUAUCAAGAUAACAGAGAACUAGUACACCUAUUUCAAAAUAAUACACACAUCAUCAAAAGUGAAAUAAAUGAAAUCUUGAAACACGAAACGAAUUUAACAGAAAGAAUCAGGAACCUGGUCCGAACUUCAGCAUAUCUCCAACAAUCGGUAAAUAUACAACUAUCCGACCUUGAAAGAAGCCAACUAUUCUUAAUGGCAGGAGACGAACACAUUCAUUUGAUGACAAAUCACCUAAGAACUCUCAACAACGCUGAAGAAGUAAUAGAAGACGCAAAAUGGGGCAAGCUUACUUAUUUAACUGUGUCAGCUAAACAAUUAUACCAAGCGGCUGCUGACAUGAUGAAAAAACAUCCUACGCUUAACCCACCUCAACCACUGGAUCAUAUCAUAUGGAUAUCAACACACUAG